UCUUUUCUCCUGACAACAAAGCUUGAAAAGAGAGAACCGUUCAGGAUUAAAGAGGCUGAUAAUUAUGUUUCCUUGCCUACUUCCUGCACUUUGCCAGAGACACUAAACAUUCAUUGACUGCUGGUGUGCCACCUCUGGAUUUGAAAGCACAGUAACUGUUUCAACUUCUUAAUGCAGGGGGCUUCAGCCUCGUGUAAUCUCUUCUUCCUUCUCCUUGCUAGGAAGCUUAAGGGUGCAGACUUUGAAUUCUCUGUAUGAUUUGUGACCAAAAGUGGAAUCAUCAGCAAUCUGUAUCCUGGCAAAGCAGGAGAGUGUAAAUAGACUGCUAUAUAAAACAUAUUUUUGUGAAAGCUUGCUAGUUCCUGCUUAUUAUAGCUUGGGAGAUACCUAGAUGAGAUGCUGUGUGAGAAAGUAAUGCUUGCUUGAGAAGAAAUAACGUGUACCAUCUUCCACUAUGGCUCUAUACUAUCCAAGCAUGAUGCAGACCUUUCCUUAUAACUAUCUGCCUCUUGGGCCAAGUCGACUGUCAGAUACUCCACACACCACCAUGUUCCCUCCAGUUCAGAUGAACAACUUCUACAGUAGGCCUUUUGCUGUGAUCAUGGGCUAUAAUGGUUACAAUGACAAUUCCGCAAACCAAAUAGAGUACCAUCACAUCCAUGGUGCAAAUCCCUACUUCUAUCCUUACCCCUUCUGGCACUUCCCCCAAGUGAGCCCUCAUCCUCUGUACAACCCCUAUGCUAAUUAUCAUCCUAAUCUGACCUAUCAUAGACCAGGUGAGGAUGUAUGGCCUGAGGGGUUCACCUUGAGAGGAGAGCUCCAUUGGGGUAGGCUUGAGAGGAUUGUGGGGCCUAGGAGGGACUUGCCAGAGUUUGUGAAAGAUGAUCUCAGAAGGGUCUAUGGCACCUAUCCAAGGACUGAUGUUUCUAUAAUCUACCACAAUGGGGAAUUUAUUGUGAAAGGAGACCCUAGAGUCGGAGAACAAGAAUACAGGGUAGAAAAGAGAAUAAUCCGAAAGGAACCUACCCCAACUGUUAGUGAAACUGAGGACAGCAGUGAAGACCGCAACAGGAAAAAGAAAAAGAAAUCUAAGAGAUGAUGCAAAUAGUUUAAAUAAUACUGACUGAAUUAGUACCUCUCUGUUUAUACCCAAGAGCCAGUGGCAAUGAUGCUACAAGCUGAGUUAUAAGCACAGAACAGAAAACUGGGAGAGAUUCUUCUGUAACAUUUUUAUAACUUCCAAAAACAUUCCUAGUAGCUAUUGAUUGUUGGAGAUUGGUGCUUGUACACUGACCAAUAUGUACACUUAUUUUUUUCUUGUGCUGUAGGAAGAUGUUGCUAAUUGUGCCAGCACCUGAGCCUUUUUGAGUGACUCCAGAUGAGUGCCAAUACUAUGGCAUUUCUAUCUGAUCAACCAAAAAUGUACUUAUAAAAACUGUGAUGGUAGUUUCUGGCAGAUAUUCUUCCUAGUAGCAGUACUUUGCCAUUUUUCACUAUAAAUUCAUCCCAUCCGGUUGUUGUAGGGAUUGCUUCUCUGCCUGUCUUCCUCCCCCCCUCCCCCGGAUGAACACUGGCUGUUUAACUAAAUAACCCAAAUUCACCAUGGAAUUAUUUAGAAAUUGAACUUGAGGUGACAAGGUGAUGGUAUACUAAGAAUCUGGUCAUGCCUGUGACUCUCUUGACACAAAAAACCAAAUGGGAUCAGAGUAGUUUUAACAUAGCAGAGAGACUAAGUUUAUUAUGAAUUCCACCUUCUGAAACAUGUAUUAUGACACUGGUGGUUCUUUCCUGGUUACACUAACAGUUGUAGACAGUUAUGCUGAGCUUCGCCAUCAGGUUGCAACCUGUUAUGUAUAUAAGCUAUGGAGCAUUUUAAAUAAAGAAGAACAAGCAUG